GCAGUGAUGUUUUAAAUAGCUAGGGAAUACAGAUAUCUCAUAAAUACAGAGUAUGAUAUAGGAUGAUGAUGAUGAUCGGCGCCGGAAUUGCAAGUCCGCCGCCAUUGAAAUCGCAGAUUAGAAUCCCCCGCCGCCGCCUAUCUAAAUCAGAAUGCCAGUGUGCGUUGAGCAAGCGAGGCGAGCGUUUCCUGAACUCGCUCCUCGUCGCCUCUCCCAACGAAGACCGCCUCAACACACUGCUUCGGAAAUUCGUCGCCUCUUCUCCUAGAUCCGUCGCUCUCGGCACUCUUUCCCACCUCCUCUCCCCGGCGUCUGCCGCUCCCUCCCACCCUCGCCUCUCUUCACUCCCUCUUCCGUUAUAUCUGGCGAUGUCACAGGCCCCUUGGUUCAGUUGGAAUUCCAAGCUAGCAGCAGACAUCAUCGCCCUGCUACACAAACAGAAACAAUUUGAUGAAGCCGAAACCCUAACAGCGGAAGCACUCUCCAGAUUAAGCACUGGAGGGAAGCGCGAACUGUUCUUCUUCUACUGUCACCUAAUCAACUCCCAAUCCAAGCACAAGUCACGGGAACCAGUCCUCCAUUGUUGCGCAAAGUUGAAGCUUCUCCUCCACUCAGGCCCGACCCCGCUUCACUUAAAGCAGUCCGUGUAUAAGUCCAUGAUCCAGGCCAUGUGUCGUAUUGGUUUGCCGUCUGAAUCCGAGAAGCUGAUGGACGAAAUGAGAAGGGCAGGGAUCAAGCUGUCCAGGUUUGAGUUCAGGUGGAUAGUUUAUGGGUAUGGGAUAAGAGGUCAGUUUGGGGAGAUGAGGAGGAUGGUUGCUCAAAUGCAGAGAAAAGGAUUUUGGAUGGACACGGUCACUUCGAACAUGGUGCUUUCAUCUUUUGGAGCCCAUGGUGAGUUGUUGGAGAUGGCAGCUUGGCUACAAAAGAUGAAGGAGGAUUGGGGGGUGGCGGUUUCAAUAAGGACUUAUAAUUCGGUUCUCAACAGUUGCCCUAAAUUAAACCUGUUGCUGUAUGACAGCAUAAAGAAUAAUGAGGAUUUGCCUCUUUCCCUAGAAGAGUUAGUGGCUAAGCUUAGCAGGGAAGAGGGCUCUCUGGUUCUCAAUCUGGCAACAGAGAGGAAAGUGGAAUGGGGAGUGGAGUUAGAUUUGCAUGGUAUGCAUUUGGGGACAGCAUAUGUGAUCAUGCUGCUGUGGUUUGAAGAGGUUAGAACAAGGUGUGAAAGUGGAGAUAAUGAUAAUCUGCCUAGCGAGAUUAGGGUGGUGUGUGGGGUGGGAAAACACAGCGCCAUUAGAGGGAAAUCCCCCGUGAAGGGUUUGGUGAAGAAGAUGCUGCAGCAGAUGGGUUGUCCACUUAGGAACGAUAGCAAGAACAACGGAUGCUUUGUUGCCAAAGGGAGGGUUCUCAAAGACUGGAUGUCAUUAUAUAAUAAAAGCUUGCUAUGAGAAAUAGACCAAAAUUAUGAGAGAGCAAUGGAUCCAACUUCUCAACAACGUACACUAUCAAUCCUUGUCUUGAACGGCCAAAUGUUGUAUUUUGAGCAACUGAGAAUUUGAAGAAAAAGAAUGGUCAUCGGAAGGAAAGAGAAUAGCCCAUUUGAUAGGCCUUAACUAACGGGCUUUAAAAGUUUGCAAGUUGAUAGAGCAAUUCAGUCGUGCCUGCUGCUGCUGAACUGGUAAGCCUUCAAACCAGAGCAUCCACCAAAUGUACAUUUUCCCAAGAUUAUGGUGCGACACUUCUUCUGCUAUCAAGCAGCGAGCUUGUCCUCCUACUGCUAGGGGGAAAGAAGGUGCAGCUCCAACACGGACAACUACACCUUGCAAACGUGCUUCAAUGUUACUUAUUGCCCUCUGCAUUUUGACGGCCAAAAAUGUUGCCAUUAAUGAUCUGUUAUAACACUUUUUAAAGUUUUAUAACAAUAGUGCAUUGCCAAAAAUCUAUAGCCAUGUUUGGUAUGAUGUAAUCAAUUAUGUAAUGUAAUCGUCAUUACGAAUACAAUGUUUGGUAUGACAUUUUGUUUUAAAUUGUAAUGUAAUGAACAUUGCAAAUGUGGAAUUCAUUACUUUAAUAGGUGUAAUAAGCUUUAUAUUACAAAAAUUAUGUAUUUGAUAUUACACCUUUGUGCUGUAUUUGAGAUUACAAAUAUCUACGUCUUAUACAUCUUAGUGUCCGAAGAAGAGGUUCGAAAGCUUUGCAUACCUAUGGCCGCCAGUUUCAUCUUCUUCAUUGGGCUCCAUUGAAUCCUGGCGAUCUAUUCGGUAAUUUGCUAGGCUCCGACUGAGCCUUUCUAGGAAGAGUAAGCUAAAAAGGAGAUGAGUGAUGCUGGCUGGGGGUUAGAAUUCCAAUUAGCAAGUGAUGACCUCAACCUGUUAGCAUAGAAAAUGGAUCACGAGUUGGAGUUCAAUACUUUCAUGCUUUCAGCUAAGCCGAUCCUAAGCUAAUUGUAACAUGGGAUCGACCAUCGAUUACUCACAUUUCGUAAAGAUAAUAGUUCAUGAAGCAGGGCUCAAAUUUCAAGGAGUAUGGUGCAAUACUACAUUAUUAUUGAUCUGUAAAUAUCCACGAGCAAGUGAUGAAGUGAAUCUUAGUAGAUUCAAGAUUGAUUAUUAUUAGACUUGUUUGUCAUAUGUUUGUUGUAUCUAUUUUACUAGAGAGAGUUGUUUGAUAUGGCUUUUCACUCUCUUGAGAAAUAUGAGUGUUUCAAUAUUGAACUUCUGUCUCUACUCAAUGAGUUUUUUGGCAAUGAAUUUGUUACUUAGC